AUGCAGGGUGUUUGUGUGUCCAUCUUGUGCGUGUGCAUAUGUGUGUCUGCGCUCCUCCACAGUGCUAUUUCACAGCCGCCCACAGAAAGUGACACCUACACGGUAAGGAUGGACAAAUCUCGGUACCUUCUGUCUUUCCCUUUGCAUCUUUUCUUCCUUUUUUUAUGAUCACAUCUUUGAGUUUUUGGUGGAAAUGUUCUCUCUUUCUUGUUAAAUAUUCCACAGCGAUUUUCCUUUUCCCAUAUUUUAACAUAGUUAGUUGGGGGUAAUUUUAGUUUUAAUUCAGUGUUCUCUUGGCUUUACUUUUUUUUCCAUGCAGCUCACAGAGCACUAUAGUUUUUUCCAGAAUGAUAAUGACCCUUUUUCCAAACACUGGCCUUAAACUCUUUGUUUUUGAAGUGACAUUUGGCUUAGCGAUGGCAGUUUAAAAUGUCACAAAUCCCUUAACAGCCUCAGACUUCUUGUCUUUUUGGCCCAGCGCUUCUACACGAACAGAGGGGAAACGAGUUUUUCAUGUCCCACUACUGAGGAUUUAUUAUGUAUUAUGAAUAUAUUAUGCAACGGCUUGGCUCAGAGGGGCUGUUCACAUCUUUCUUUCCAUCACUUUCUCACACACUUUUUCUCUCUCUCUGCUGCUCUUUGCAGGAAUGCACAGAUGGGUAUCACUGGGACCCUCAAACAGAGCACUGCAAAGGUAAUGCAGUCUUUAAAAUACAUUUAUUCCAUUUCAACACCUACUUGUUAUGUACAGGAACAGCUUGGAUACCCUGUUGCUUUGGAUUUCUCCCCUCUAAGAACAGAAAGAGCCUAAAGGUUUAUUUCUGUGUCUCCCAUCAGAUGUAAACGAGUGUGAGACGAUCCCAGAUGCCUGCAAAGGGGAAAUGAAGUGCUUCAACCACUAUGGAGGUUACCUGUGCCUACCCCGCUCUGCAUCAGUCAUUCCGGCCCCUGAACCCCCAAUUGCGCCUACCGUAACCAACCCCUGCCCCCUGGGAUAUGAACCACAGGGAGACAGCUGUGUGGGUGGGUGUCUGGUUUGUGGCUCUAACAGUUGAAGGUGAACAGGUGGCUGCAGGAUGACUGAUCAUCCAGUUUGUGUAUGUGAUUGUGUGCAUUUAUUGUCGGUGGCCACAGAUUGUGAGGGACAGGUGGCUGAAGCAGGUGUUGGGACUGAAGGCAGCAUGUUGGUACAAUCUGUGAGGGUGUGAGUGAGGAUGAGUCUGCAGGGGGGAAGGAGAAAUGUGGGAAUUUGGAGGAUCUCACACCAGAACAGCUGCUGUGUUUUAAGAGUCUGUCUUGCAGGGAGAAUAGUUCUCGUGCCGUCGGACGGUGAGAUGUUCAUCCGGAUGAGACAACAAACAUGAGUCAACAUGAUUAAACGUUACAGCUGCUGAGGGCAAAUGGAGAGGAACUGAGUACCAUCGUCUUCCCUGCGAUACCGAGUUGUGAUUUUUACACAUGUCCUUGUUUCAACCACAAACACAGACAUCGAUGAGUGCGAGCGAGACGAACAUGACUGCCAGCCCAGCCAGCAGUGUAUCAACUCACUGGGCGCCUUCACCUGCCAGUGUCCUGACGGUUACCGCAAAGUUGGCACAGAGUGCAUUGGUGAGAUGACCUUACUUAACCUUUCACUUGUAAAGCUAAGCAGGGUCACAUAAGGUAACUCAGAGAAAUAUUUUGCUUCGUGGCCUUGGGUCAAAACUGACCUUAAUCUCAGAGGAAUGUGAAUAUCCCUCGUCUGACUGGGUUUCUCUCUCCUAGACAUCGACGAAUGCAGGUACAGGUACUGCCAACAUCGCUGCGUCAAUGUGCCCGGCUCUUUCUCCUGUCAGUGUGAGCCUGGUUUCCAGCUGGCAGGAAAUAACCGAUCUUGCAUAGGUGAGUGACACCCCUUUUACCACUAAUAAUUUGACACUGUUGUUAUAACCACCGACUCUGAAAACAGACCCAAAAUCUGCACACUGGACGGCUCUCAAGUGAGAUCUGUCUCAGUUCUGUCAAGCUAAAAAGUUAUUAAAACCUUCGAAGGUGCGACUUCAAAUCUCAAAGGGAAGGGCAUCAAAGUUUUUCUACAGAGCCGAGAGAAAAACUGCAGAUGUGACAAUUUUGUAUUAAGUUUUUUGUAGCUCUAGAGGGAGCAAUACAAAGUCUGCAAAAUUUUAGUGAGUGAGGAACACUCCAAGGUCAUAAAUAAAAUAAAAAAUAGAUGUAUGGAGAGGACUAGAUCCCACGACUGCUUCUGGGUUGAUGGUACUUGAGAAACUCCAAGACUGAUACAAUCAAGUCUGUUGCUUCACCAUGUUAGGUUGACUAACAUUACCAUAGACACAUGAAAUUUGUCUGUUUCUAUGUUGGAUUUAAUCUUACUCAGAAGCCGUCUACAUUGGGUUGCUAUCAUUCUGAUUUCUGUCUUAAAUUGUUUUCUUCUGUGAAAGUGUUUUUCUAUGUUUGUGCUCUUUGACUCAAUAAUCCAAAUAAAAGUCUGUAUUUUGUCUUCUCAGAUGUGAAUGAAUGUGAUAUGGGUGCUCCCUGCUCUCAGAGGUGUUACAAUACAUACGGCACUUUCCUCUGUCGCUGUGAUCAGGGGUAUGAGCUGGGGCCUGAUGGCUUUGCAUGUAACGGUAAGAGACCUGUCUGUGAAAAAUAAUGAAUUUGGACAAACUUCUUCAGCUUUUUAGACUAAACUCUUUUGUCCUGUUUCUUCACAAUGCUGUCACAGAUAUCGAUGAGUGCAGCUACUCCAGUUAUCUGUGCCAGUAUCAGUGUGUCAAUGAACCCGGGAAGUUCUCUUGCGUGUGCCCUGAAGGAUACCAGCUGCUCGGCACCAGACUCUGCCAAGGUUAGCACGUCUGCCUCCAUUUCCUCCUGAAUCUAACACCUACCUCUGUGUGCUCUCAGAGUCACAAAUGCUGCUCUGAGUCAACACUUAGUCCCUCUCUCUGUUCCUGUUCUGGUAUGACUGGACUUGAUAAGCUGUUUUUCUCUCGCAGAUAUAAAUGAAUGUGAAACAGGAGAGCAUCAGUGCUCUGACACACAGACCUGUGUGAAUAUCCACGGACGAUACCAGUGUGUGGACGCUAACCGCUGCCAGGACCCUUAUGUACAAGUGUCUGAGAAGUGAGUGACACUUUGUGAAACAAACGCUCUCUCACACCUUUUCCCAAUUACACAUGAAUAUGGCAUCAGCUCAGAAUAUAAUCAGCCCCUGUAUUUACUAUGGCUCAAACUGCAUGAGUAGGCCUACCUCAAUUACUUUUUCCACACACCAGUCCAACUUUUCUUGUGAGCACGCUCCAGUGCAAUAAGAAAACUAUCACGGUUGUGAACAACUGUUGGAUUGGUAACAGGUGUGGGUGACUAUUAAACAAAUCCCAAACGGUUCUGUGAUAUAAAAUGUUUUUUAAGAAAAACAUGAGGGUAAAAAAUGGCUACUGUUCAGAACUUGUUUUCCUCUGGCAGAGCCCUCCUCCCAGUCAUACUACUCCCUCUGCUGGCUGGCUUGUGAAUUGCCUUUGCUAUUUGUCCUGUACAUAACACCUCUCUCUUCUCUUUUUCCUCUCAGAAAAUUCUCAUUCUGCUUUGUUUUCCUCUCACCAGCCGCUGUGUGUGUCCCGUCAACAAACCUGCCUGUCGAGAUCUGCCUUUCUCCAUCGUUCACCGCUACAUGAGCAUCACCUCAGAGCGCUCAGUCCCCUCAGACAUCUUCCAGAUUCAGGCCACGAGUGUCUCACCGGGGGCUUAUAACACCUUCCGUAUCCGCUCGGGUGAUGAAAAUGGAGACUUCUACAUCAGGGUAAGAAAUGACACAAAGUUGAUGAUGUUUCAACACAGUCAGGAUGUCCUUUGAGUUCAGAAUAAGUUCAAUUGUUAGAAAAUGUUGCUAGAAAAUGCACAUUUUCUUCAGUAGGAUAUUCUCAGGUACCAUGGACUCUUUUUUUUAAGGAUAAGCAAACUUAAAGUGUCUCUCACCAUAUUUUACUCAGCCAUAUCAGUGUCUCUAUACAGAUACACUCUUGAUAUUAUGGCCAAACACACUAAGAAUAUAUGAAUUAUUACUUAAAUGUAUGAAGUCAAGGCAAAAAACUCAGCAUAUUAGUGUCAAAGGUAAACCUCCGUUUUAAAAGACGCUGUAGAGGCUGCUGACUUGGCUUUUUGCUAAGAAGAACCAAAUUCACAGACUCUGUAAAAGUAAAGGGCAGCGUUAUUUUAAAUCAAACCCCCCCAAAAUUUUGAUUUUGAGUGAAUUUUACUUACCUUUUAAAACUCUGUCCUUUUGAAACUUUAAGAUUUGAGAACUGCUUCAACACUUCCAUCAUUUUAUCAAUAAUGUCAUGCAUUAUACUUUUAUUUCCUAAACAAACAACCUCUGAAAUAUAGUCAACCAUCUGUUACAGGAGAACAAACUAUAUUUUUAUCUCCUUUUCAGACCAUCCCUUCAUUUCUGUUUCACCAAGAGCACCAUAACACUCAACACUAGGCUUUAUCCCUUAAUCUAUAUUAUUAAUAAAGGGCUUAAAUGACUUGAAAUGAGUACAGUUUAAGCCUCAGAGUCUGUGUGAGCAUUUGCUUUGUAAAAUGUCAGGGCUGAUUUAAAACAGUAGAUGGCGCUCUAGGCCGCUUUAAAAUUUGGGAUGCCUUUUAAUAUAAAUCUGGUGAGCAUCAUAAACAUUAUCACCUGCACUGAAGAGUUUCAACCUGGUACAGUCAGCUGGUUUAGUUUACAGCUCAGACAACACCAGUAACACUUUAACUGUGCUGUACAAAUAUCAAGAAAAGAACCAAAUUUCUCUUUUAGAAACAAGAUAAGUGAAUAUUUGAGAGCUAAAAUCCACUUGACUGUACUAUGAGACAUCUUCUCAGUGUUGUGCAGCCAUGAUCGGGCUGUUUUUGACUGACAUUUCCCUUUCUGUACUUCAAGUUCACAACAAGGUCAGCUCAAUGCACACCUUCAUCCCUCUCUACUGAGUGACUCUUGUUGAAGGGAUAAUUCAAGAUUCAGGGAAAAAUACGUUGCUGCUCUUUGCUCAGAUUCACCAUUUUUGCUUUGGUAGCAUUUCUUAUUUUCUUUAGGGGUGUUUUUACAAGGGAGCAGCUGUUGUGGGGGACUGGCACUUUAUAGUAAAUGAAAAAGUCUUUGUGCGUAUUAUUUUACCGUGCUAGAAGUUGAAUUUAAGUUAACUACGCAGAUCCAGACAAGCUGUUUCCCCUUUCCUCUUUGUUUCACACCAAGCUGAGUGAACUUCGGCAUCAAUCCUCUUAUUAAAAAAAAAAAAAUCAGUCUAAAACCAAUCAGUCUUUAUUUUUAUAGCACUUUUCAUACACAACCAUGUUGCACAAAGUGCUUUACGCAGAAAAGGGAAUAAAAGACACAAAAAAUACCCAAAUCUACCCCAGCCCAACUCCUCAUUCCCACCCCACGAUGGGUGGAUUUUGUGGAAACAGGAGUGUGCGCACUGAGGAAACGUCAUUUUAAAACUCAAGAUAACUGGAGGUUUAGGUUAAAAUCUGAAAACAAGGAGCAUAGAAUGAAAUUUAAGAAAUAAUUAGUAAAGUGAAAUAAAAACAACAGUAAAAGAUACUAAAAUAAAAGUACCAAAAUAGCUCAAUAAAAGACGAUCUUGUAAUUAAAACUAGAAAGCAAUAAAUGCUAAAACACUUAAACAAAGUUAAUGAUAUAAAAUUUAGUUAAAAGCAAGAAUAAAAAGGUAUGUUUUCAGUUUGCUUUUAAAAUCAUAAACAUUAGGUUCAGUCCUCAGGUCUUCAGGUAAGCUGUUCCAUAGACAGGGCCAUAGUAAUAAAAAGAUGCCUCACUGUAUGUCUUGGUUUUAUCAUUGGGUAAUGUUAACAGAGAACUUCCUGAAGACCCGAGGGCUCUACCGGGCUCAUGAAGUAAAAGCAGAUCAGAUAGAUAAGAUGGGCCAAAGCCAUUAAGAGCUUUAGAAACCAGUAAAGCAACCUUAAAAUCUAUUCUAAAAGAGACGGGUAGCAAAGUUUGAAUGCAGGAUUUAAAAAACAACAACAACUCUGUACUUGUGCAGAGCUUUUAAAAACUUCCUGUAUUUGCCGCAGAAAUGUGCUCAGUAAUAAUGUAUUUGUCUUCUCCAGCAAAUCAAUAACAUCAGUGCCAUGCUGGUGCUGGCUCGUGCCGUGUCUGGGCCCAGAGAGUACACGUUGGACCUGGAGAUGGUAUCUGUGAACCCCCUGCUCAGCUACCAGGGCAGCUACCAGACCAGCUCUGCCCUAAGACUCUCCAUCUACGUGGGUCCAUACACCUUUUAA